AUUAAAUGACCAAAGCAUGUUUAUAUUUUGGUACACUUUGUCUAGGUUUACAACCAUGCUGUUUUAUUUGGGUGUCCUGAGUCACAGCUGCCUCAUGAGCAACAGUGGUUUCAUGACCCUUUAUGCACAUCGACUUUAUUCCAAUAACUUAUUUAGUCUUUGCUUCCAAUGUUUGGAUUGCAUAAACUGCUUGCUAGUUAUUCCAUUCUUAUCGACCAACCAGUUACACUUUUGAAAAGGAAUAGAAAAGCAUACUUGACAAAUGUGGCAUGUAGCACAUGUGACUUUCUGGGACUAUUUAUGGAUUAAAACGGAUUAGAAAUCUUAUGACUAUAUUUUAGUUCCAGGAUUGUUGUGUAGUGCAAGGCUUCUUAUGCAAUCAGUCAUCUUAUACAAGUGUUGAAAAGCUGCAAGCUGUUAUUUUAUGAACCAGUGUUUCCCUAGUGCCUUUUCUAUUCAUGAUUGUACUUAAGGUUACUUAAAGGAAUUAGCUAGGGAUGCCUUUUGUGCCUUAUGAUGCUUAUGCCUCAUCUAUUUGUUAAGUUGGAACAACUCUGGUGAUGUCAGUGUUGAAACAGAAGCAUUGACUACCAGAUCAUUUAGAACAGAGGUUCUCAAAGUGGGGUUCAGGAACCUUAGGGAGUCCACAACUUAAAGGUCCACAAAAUAAUUUUCUUUAAAGAAUGUGGUAUGACUGAAAAUUGCAUACGUACAUACAGGGACCAUUUGCGCAACUACAAAAAGCAUCAUUCCCACAUUAUCAAUAAAACAGUUAGAACAUCAGUACUAUAUCAGCGUGUCAUACUUACAUAGACCUAGACAUGGAACCAAAGUGUAAAAGGCCUUAACUUCCAGGCUCCACUGCAGAAAACUCAUCAGGGGGAACAUGAAUGUCUAAUUUGCCAAAACCACAUGUGCCUUAACAAUGUGCAUCUGUGUGUUUCUGUUGGAGCCACUGAAUGGUACGUUUUUUUUGUUUGUUUGUCUUUUACAGUUAUGUGUGACAUGAGCUUGCUUCUAAUGUUUAUGAUUGAGGUGUUAAAAUAAAUUUUGUAUGGGAAUAUGGCAACAUAAUUGAACUGAUUUUUGUUUUGCAUUUUUUUUUUUUUUUUUUUUUUUUUGUCAAAGCUUCCUUGACUUAAUAUGAAGGUCAUGUGUUUGUAUCAGUAUGAUUUCAACAACCAAUAUUGAAUGAUGGUAUUAUUUUAAGUUAUGUUUAAGAACUGUGCAGUAUUAUGUGUUUGCUUCACAAAGCAUUGCUUUAAAACUGUCCCGUAUACAUGAUCCAUCAUGUAGGGAUCAUGUAUACAUGAUGGAUCGUACAUAUAUAGUACAUGUAUGGAUCGCGUAUAAUCCAUAUAUAUGAUACAUGUAUGGAUUUUGAAACCUACAUGUCAAAAAGGAACUCUUAAAGACAAUCAUACACAAACUUAUUUACUUUAAAACAAUGCUUUAUGUUCUUUGCUUGGGGGUGAAAAUGGAGCGCUUUUAGUCUGUUAUGCAUUGUAAGUAAUUUGAUAUGACUGUACAAUGAUCAUGUGAUAAAAUGGGAACGAUGCAUUUUAGUGGCAGGAUCCAGAUGAAGUGACUUUUCUUUUGUAUUGCCAAAUAAAAAUAUGCAUCUUUUACAUAUCUGUGCAAUAAAAUCAGCAAAUACAUUCUUCUGAGUGAGAUCAAAGAAGGCAUUGUCUGUUUUAUUGUUGUUUUGUUUUGUUUGUGUCUUCUGUAACAUAAUUAGGCAGAAUUAUAGUAUGUGCAACUUUCAUUACCCAGCAGUAUGACUGAUUAUUAUUUCACAUUGUGUUACUGCAAGUGCAGGCUUGAUCUCAAUCUUUUCUUGAGCUGCAGAACUUGGGAGUCGUCUCAGACAUUUUGCUCCUUUGGCAUAAUAUAUCCCUGCUUGAUGUGGUGUAUCACUCAAAUCACAAUGUAAUGUUAAGAAACCCACCCUGCUGAAUUAGAGUUUAAAAAGCCCACAUUACAAAACUAUAAUAUAAGAACUGUUUUGCAAGUAUAAGAUCAUCAUUUUUUUUUCUUUCAGUUUUCAAAUUUCAUUAUGUAAUCAUUUUUAGUUAGAUGAAAUUAUGUCAGUAAACUGUGAAUGCCCUUUAACAUGACUGUCACUUCCCUUAGUGAUAUUGAAUCCACACCCCUGAUGUAAACUGGAUGGAUUUUCAUCUCCCCAUCGUCUUCCCCUUAUUUUUACCCCUCCUUCCUCUGAACUGAUUUAUGGUUUCCCAUCAUUUCAGUUACAUACAGUCUUCUUCACGUUACUUUAAUAAGUAUAUCACUUCUGUGACUACAUACCAGUUCAAGUCUUAUUGAUGGACUUGAAAUCCAACAGUUUUCCUUGCGCAGGCUCAGUCAUACCUCCUCACAUUUGCUCAGUGUCAUCAAGUGAAGGAUUUAUUCAGUAAUUGCUUAAACCGUAAAGGUAUGUUUAUAAAAUCAUCACCUCUGGAACAAUCAUUAUUUGAGGCACUAUUUCUUUUUUUCCACAGAAAACGUGCAACAAACAUUUAUAGCUGAUAAACGACAAAAAUACCUGCAAUUUUUGCACACUUUCCCUAAAUUCAAUAAAUCCAGCGCACAUCACGCUGCGACACGCCAAACUUUUUUGAAAACCCAAUCACAGUUGUGUGCCAACAUACCUCGGCUCUCAUUGGCUGAAUCAUCUGUCAGUCAUUUUUCAGGGCGUUGCCACAUCUCAGCAGCUGUCAGAUUGUAUCCAAAUGACAAUAACACGGAAUUGCACAGCGAGCUUUUCUGCACAACGAUGUUCGUCUAAAAUAGAGAGUGUGCUGAUAUUCCUCACCUGACCUCUCUGAUCACCCUGUCCCACAUCACAAUGGAGACAACCAACAGCUAUGUGCUAAUCCAUGGGAAGAACAUCUCCCAUAGCACUCUGACAGGGCCUGCUGCAGGACCUCACAUGUCCAUAGACAAGCUCUUCCCAGCUCUCCUGGAGUGCUUUGGCAUCAUACUGUGUGGCUAUAUAGCAGGCAGGGGUGACAUCAUCACAGAGAGCCAGGCUAAAGGUUUGGGGAACUUCGUAUCCAAGUUUGCUCUUCCAGCGCUGCUUUUUAAAAACAUGGUGCUGUUGGACUUCAGAAAUGUCAUAUGGGCAUUUCUGUGGAGUGUCUUGGUUGCUAAGGUGACAGUCUUUGUGCUGGUAUGUGUGCUGACACUGAUGGUGGCCAGUCCAGACAACAGAUACAGCAAGGCUGGUCUGUAUGCCAUCUUUGCUACUCAGAGUAAUGACUUCGCCCUUGGAUAUCCUAUAGUUGAUGCUUUAUAUCGAAGUACAUAUCCAGAAUACCUCCAGUACAUAUACCUGGUUGCUCCUGUAUCCCUCAUGCUCCUCAAUCCCAUCGGCUUUGCUCUUUGUGAGGUGCAGAGGUGGAGACAGGCCAGCCAUCCACAGCACAGUAGUCUUGGCAUCCUGGGAGUUGUUGUCUUACAGGUGUUGAAGAACCCAAUAGUGUUCAUGGUGAUAGUGGGAAUCAUCUCUCACUUUGCGCUGGGCCAGCAGAUCCCUGCUGUGUUGUCAGAGUUUAUAGAUGGUCUCGCAAACUCUUUUGGAGGGGCAGCGUUGUUUUACCUUGGCCUCACUAUGGUUGGUCAGCUUAGAAAAUUAACCAGAGACACUGGAGUUGCCUUGAUAUUGCUCAUCACAGCCAAACUCUUGAUAAUGCCGCUGGUCUGUAAAGACAUGGUGGAUAUUCUGGACACUGGAGUGAACAGCACGAGUGCCAAUCACACAAGUUUGUCCAACUUUGCUUUCUUAUAUGGAGUUUUCCCAACAGCCCCCAGUGUGGCCAUCUAUGCUGGACACUAUAACAUGGAGUUAGAAGUGGUAACGUCAGGGAUGGUAAUCAGUACAUUCUUGUCGGCACCAAUCAUGUAUGUGUCCGCCUGGCUAUUAACAAUCCCUUUAAUGGACCCAACCCCCUUGGUUACAGAGCUUGAAAAUGUAAGCUUCAACAUCAGCAUUGUCAGCCUUAUAGCUCUGGUGUGGACCAUAGCGGUGAUGCUGCUCAGCAGGAAAUUUAACAAACUCCCUCACCUAUUUGCGCUAAAUCUAUUCCUGGCCCAGUUCCUAGUGUGUGUCAGUAUGAUCCUGUGGAAUUUCUUGGUGAAACAAGAGGACAACCUGCUCGGCAAAAUUCUCACCUUCACUUUGCUCUAUGGGUCUCUUUACAGUACAUACAUUUGGACAGGUUUAAUCCCUCUCUGUCUGGCUCUGACUAACAGAGAUGAUCUGCUGAGACUCCGACCAGGAGUCUUCAUGAUUUUGGGUUGGGGGGUUCCUUUCCUAAUGGUUGGUGGUCUUCUCAUAUCAGGAGAGAGGACUGAUACGAUAGACUCUGCCUUCUUCUAUGGCAGAGCCCAGAUAAUCAGCACUGCAGUAAUUCUUGCGGUCAGCCUGGUUCUCGGUGCAAUAUCUUUGAUGGGUCUCAGCCAGGGAGACUGGGAGCAGAGCGGCUACCAAGCCCUGAGCAGAGCUACUGUAACGGGUAUCAAUGAUGAGGUGAGGGUCCCUGGUGGCCUGGAGGAUUCACACCAACAGCAAGAGCAGACACAGAUGUCAAAUUCACCUGCCUGUGGUAUCAACUCGGACCUCCACGGUUUCUCUCCUCUCCAGCCUAUACCUGAUAUGAUAGCCAGUACACAGAGGGACCACACGAACAGCACAGGCCACAUUGGGGCACUGUGUGAUGGGCAUCAGCAAAGUACUUCCUCCUCUGAGCAGCCGCUGAAUCUUCCACCACCCGGGCUUCAAACCACAGACGAUAAACAGACUGUGAGACAUGUUCUGCUCUGUCUGCUGCUCAUUGUCAGCCUGCUAGCAAACCUGUCCAGCUGUCUGUGGUGGUUGUUCAACAAAGAUCCAGGAAGGCUCUACCUUGAACUACAGUUCUUCUGUGCUGUGGCUAACUAUGGACAGGGCUUUUUGUCCUUUGGGAUUUUUGGUCUGGACAGACACCUAAUCAUCUUGCCUUUUAAGAAGAGAUUGCUUAGCCUGUGGCAGGGCAGGGACAUUGAUGAUUUGAGUCCCUCGGGUGUACCAGAGGAGGUCAGGCUCACCUGUACUCAGUUUGUCCGCUACCACAAAGACCAGUGUGUACAAGACAUAGUACACACACGCAGGUUUGGAGGAGGACUGGAGGAUGAAAAUGAAGUUCUGAGACAUUCCUCAGCCCAUGAACCCCUUUACCUAAACACAAAUUCUAGUGAUCAGGGUCAACUAAACGAUCACUCACAGAUUCUUAACCGAAACCACAAUCCAGAUAAAUCCAGCAGCCAGUGUUUGCUUCCGAGUCAACCCCACCUAGAGCCCGAGAAUGAAUUGCAAGCGCAUAUUUCCAACCCUGAUGCACCAGGAACCUCCCUUGACCACGAACCCACCAAUUCUCAGCAUGGUAAUGCUUCAAGCCCUCCCCAGUUUCAUCAGUAUCCCCAGUCCCAUCUUGAAAAUGUGUUCCGAGGCAGUGACUUAGUAGAUUGGCUGGUGGAACGAGGCCUCAGCGCUGGACGAGCCGAGGCACAGCUGUAUGGUGCCCGUCUUCAGCAGGGAGGAGUGUUGACAGGUCAGCACAGCUUCAAGGAUGAACCCAACUUUCUUUAUCACUUCACGCAGCCAAGACGGGAGGAAGAGUAGGAGGGAACAAGAUGAUGAAAGUGAUGAACAAAGCUUUCGGCAUACCAAGCGACGGCCACCAUAGCCGAGUGCCAAAGCAGAAGUGCCUUAUGGUGCAGCUUCUUCAAAGGCCACUUAAGGUUGAAUCUGGAUCAUAUGAGACACUCAUUUGCCCACCAGAAUUGGGUUAUUUGUCCUUGUAUAUUCAGGGUGGUUCCCAGUUGAAUAUCAACUUAUUAGCUAAUCGGGAGAGAGGUUGCACUUGCAGUUGCUUUAGAACAGGGGUGGGGAACUCCAGACCUCAAGGGCCGGUGUCCUGCAGGUUUCAGAUGUGUCCUUGAUCCAACACAGCUGACUCAAAUGGCUAAAUUACCUCCUCAACAUGUCUUGAAGUUCUCCAGAGGCCUGGUAAGGAACUAAUAAUUUGAUUCAGGUAUGUUGACCCAGGGUGAGAUCUAAAAGCUGCAGGACAUCGUCCCCUGAGGUCUGGAUUCCCCACCCCUGUAUUAGAAGGAACUUAAACAAGGAAAUUGAUGGUUGGGGUUAAAAAGUUAAAAAGGCGAAACGAUCACUUCCGACUGUCACUUGACUCCUUUUGGUUGUGGAAAGAGCCCUUUGGAAUUUUAUUAUGGCUAUUAUAUUCUUCCAUUUUAUUUUCAUCGAUUAUUUUGCUCUCAGUUUUCUCACUGGGAUCACUCUGAGAUGUAAACAGUAUAGAAUCAGUCCCAAUUGUAGCAGGUAAAGUUUUAUUUCCUUGAUUGCUUUCUGGAUAUAUUUUUCAAAGAAAUUAACUUAAAUGACCAUGCUUAAAUAAAUAAUAUUUAAGAUAAGCAUGCACGUGGUGAGAAGACCAGAAAAGCCGUCAGUAAACUACUCAGUGACAGCCUGUGACAUUUCUGUCAAAGAACAAUGUCAUAUUUUCUUUCAGGGGAUAUUAAAGCGUCCAGAAUCUGCCUGUUAGUUCAGUUAUCAUUUUGCACGCUGUGUCUUUUUUAAAAGCUCCAGUCUAUGCUGACUACUUGCAUGACUCAGCAGUAUGGACUUCUCCUCAGCAAUGAGCUGUUUGCACUAACUGAAUAAAUACAUUCUUCACUUUUUUUUUUUUUAAAAUUAUGCAACUCACUGGAUAGCUGUCUCUUGGUGAUGCUGCAGAGGAAGCUUGUUUUCUUUGCAACUGUAAUUGUGUUGCUGCUGUUUAGUUUUAAAUAUUUGUUCAGGACUGAUUUUGAAUUCACUCAUCCAUGGUGGAGCACCACCUCAUACGGGCUUAAUUUGAGAAUUCAGCCAAAAUUCCUGUCAUGUUCUUUGCCUUUGAGCCCAACCUACACAACAGAAGACAAAAGCACGUACAGUAGUUAUUGGAAUGACAAAUCUGUCCAUUUGAAUGAAAGAUGGGUAAAGCCAGAGGGCUCACGUUGUCACAGAUACAGUCCUGUUUUUGUUUCAAAUGGCUUAUCUUUCUUUACAAACCACUGCUAAACUGUUUACAUCUGUAAGGAAGUUCCACUACUCUGUCCAUUUAAAAAAACAAA